CAAAAGUACGAAUAAUACAUCCUAAAACAGCAACAAAACCUCAUCUUUACUCGCACUCGACUUGAGAUAAUAUGUCCCAACCAGUCUUCGUCGAAUCUGGUGGGAUUGAUCUUUCAUUGACUGAUUGACAUCCGGAAGGAAAACGGUCAAAACGCCGAAAACUCUGGUUCACACUAUCAAUGCCGGCAACUUCAAGGUUUGGAUCAAUUUUCAGGUCGACACUCUUCAUGUUCCUCACCUCCUUGGGUGCCCUUCUCGGGUACUGGAUGAUCCUGAAGCACACCUCUCUUGUUGCAGCGUUCGCGCCGACUCUAUCAAAUGCUCAAUCACCAUUCAUCAAACCCCCCGUGGCGUUGAACCCGAACCAUACAAAUAUCAUUGCGAGCGAUGUUAUUACACUCUUCUACAACGGCACGGGGCCAGUGCCUGACUAUGACGAGACAUCGCCAAUCCCGCCACCGAUCACGCCGUUCACCGAGUCGCAAAUCGAGGACUCACUUUCGAGCGAGCUACUGGCCAUCAAUAACACGUCCUUCUACCCAGACAACUGCUCCAAAUGCCUGGCUGCAACUCAAUUGCUGCAUGUGGCAGCUAUCAGCCAAUCAGUGUCGGUCUUCACGAAUGUACUGAUCAAAGCAUGCAAUGUAUUGCCUCUCAUCAAAUCCAACAUCCGAGCAUCUUCGUGCGAGUCCGAAUUUAGCGGUGUCGCUUCCUUCGGACCAUACCUUGCACAGAUGUUCGCGAAGAUGAGCCUUACAACUGGUGACAUGUACACUGUGUGCUCAAUACAGUAUCCCCUUUGCGAAGCGCUGCCGCCUAUGCUGAUUGACGAGAGUCUUUACUUCGACCCGAAGCCAGAGACAGCCGAGAUUGCACCUGAGCCUUCCGGCGAGACCUUCGAUGUACUUCAUCUCUCGGACUGGCAUCUGGACCCUCGUUAUGACAUCGGAUCGGAGGCAAACUGUACGGGCUAUCUUUGUUGUCGCCCUUACUCCCAGAAUGACAACCUGUUGACGUAUCGGAGUAAUGCUUCUCAACCUGCAUCACGAUUCGGAUCUUUCUUCUGCGAUUCACCAGCAGAUCUGGCGCUUUCGGCGUUCAGCGAUAUGCCCGACUUCGUUGACAUGGACGAGCUUGCCUUCACUAUUUUCACCGGAGAUAUUGUGUCGCACGACGCUGAAGACGUGCUCUCCCAGGCUUAUGUCGCCUACGAGGAAGAAAUGACCUAUCUAGUUUUCAAGAAGAUGCUUGGAAAGACGCCCGUAUAUGCCGCACUCGGCAAUCAUGAUUCACUCCCAACUGGCUACAAUUUGCCGCAUUCAAUGGAUAUUGACCCAAGCAACUCUAGCAGCAACAUCCAUCAAUGGAACUACGAUCUCGUAUCGUCGUUGUGGUCGAGGCACUCCUGGCUCAAUGACUCGGAGGCAGAGUUCGCCAAAACUCAUUAUGGUGCAUACGCCACGACUACUGCCCAGGGACUCCGUGUCAUCUCUCUGAACUCGGACUUCUGGUAUAAAGCUAACAUCUUCAAUUAUGUCAACGUCUCGAAUCCAGAUCCUUCCGGGAUCCUGAAAUGGCUUGCCGAUGAGCUCUCAGCGUGCGAGAGAAGAGGUCAGCGAGCCUGGAUCAUCGCGCAUGUCCUCUCCGGUUAUGAUGGCAGUGCGCCCUUGCCAAAUCCGACUGCGUUAUUCUACUCAAUUGUACGGCGUUUUUCGCCUGCAACGAUUGCUGCCAUUUUCUUUGGGCACACGCAUCAGGAUCAGCUGCAAAUCUUCUACGAUUUCCUGCCUUCCUCUCUACAAACAGGCUCCGAUACCGGUAAGCCUUCUACGCUGAGGGACACCACGUUAGUCGACUUCGACAGCCCUUUGCAGGUCUCGUAUAUCGGACCUUCGAUCACUCCCUUGACAGGCCUCAAUUCCGGCUACCGCGUCUACCAGGUUGAUGCAAAAACCUUCUCUGUCAUGGGGGCUCAGACAUACAUUGCCAACAUUUCAAACAGUCUGGCCUGGAAGAAACCCGUCUGGGAGUUUGAGUACGACACUCGAAAAGAGUACGCCAAUGAAGUUGAUGGAGGCGAAGCCGGAGUAGACUCCAAUGCCGUUGCAGGAAGGGGCGUGCCUUGGCCGUCGACGUCGCCCUUGAAUGCAACGUUCUGGCACCGCGUGACGGAGAAGAUGCUGACCCAGUCGAGCACGGCUUUUGACCAGGAAUAUGCUUCGCCCUCUUUGCUCGAUCUGUACAAUACGUACGAGUCAAAAUCGAGCUCAGCCAAGACCAGGCGUGGUGCGGGAGACAUUAGUCCCGUACAAAAGGUCUGUUUCAUUCGUGCUGGAAGUUGGGCAUUGGGUACUCAGUGUAACAAAGGACUUGGGAAUGAUGCGAGAGGAGAGCGUGAGAGAGCGUUCGGGAUGGUAUAGGCAUAUUGAUGAGGAGAAUGAGGAAGGGCAUGAACAAGGACGGAGCAAGGUUAAUUGAAAGCAUAGUUGUGAGUAAGGUAUUCUGACCUACCUAGAUGUACAAUAAUAAACCCCGGUAAAGCCAAUUUUGAGGCCUGGAGUGUGCCUAGAAACCCCUGUACUUGGCCUAGUGAGCCUAGUG